AUGGCGGCGCCUUGUUUCCCUACGCCGUUGCACAGGCAUGUGGGCCGUGGCUCCUUCAGCGACGUGUACGAGCCCGCGGAGGACACAUUCCUUAUCUCUACAAUGUUCUCUGCUCUUACCUUCAUGGAAAUAUGCCUUGAAGUAGGGUCAGGGUCUGGAGUGGUAUCUGCAUUCCUAGCCUCUAUGAUAGGUCCUCAAGCUUUGUACAUGUGCACUGAUGUCAACCCUGAGGCAGCAGCAUGUACCCUGGAGACAGCACGCUGUAACAAAGUCCACAUUCAACCAAUAAUUACAGAUUUGGUCAAAGGCUUGCUACCAAGAUUGAAGGAAAAAGUUGAUCUUCUGGUGUUUAAUCCUCCCUAUGUAGUGACUCCGCCUGAAGAGGUAAGGAGUCACGGGAUAGAGGCAGCUUGGGCUGGUGGCAGAAAUGGUCGUGAAGUCAUGGACAGAUUGUUUCCACUGGCUCCAGAGCUCCUUUCACCAAGAGGAUUGUUCUAUUUAGUCACCAUUAAAGAAAACAAUCCAGAAGAAAUUUUGAAAAUAAUGAAGACAAAAGGUCUACAAGGGACCACUGCACUUUCCAGGCAAGCAGGUCAAGAAAUCCUUUCAGUCCUCAAGUUCACCAAGUCCUAA